UGAUGCGGCUUAAUAUUUUGCUUGGGGGUGGACAGGAGUGAAGCAUGACUCCACGCCAGUCCUUGCAAAGACUUAGGUCACCCCUCUUUGGGAGUCUGACAAGGUAGUCCUUCCUCCAAUCAAUGAGCAGGUACCUUUCCUUCAUUCCUUCAUUGCAAACCUUCUGCAUUAGUGGUGUGAGCAUGUCCGCUGUUGUCUCUGAGUCUGUUUUCAGUGCUUCUAGAGGAAUUCCAUCAAGUCCUGCUGCUUUCCCUGAUUUCUGAAGUUUUAUGGUGUCCCAGUCUUCACUCCUGCUUUUGUCGGAGGGUUUAUGUUCAUUGACAGUUCUGUGGCUGGGCUGCUGGUAGCAUUUCUGGACGAGUUGCAGGUGGUGGUAGAUUCAAGAGUUUUUCGAAGUGGUCAGUCCACUGUUUCCUUUGUUUCUCCUCUUUGGAAACUAGGUUUCCCUCACUAUCUUUCACUGAUCUCAUCUGCGUUGAUCUCUCACCAGAUAGUAACCUGGUUAUUUGAUAUAAUGUUGUCAGGUCUCUCCUACCAGCAGCUUGUUCUGCUUCACUUACCAGUGUGUCGUAGAAGUGUCUUUUGUCUUUGCGCGUACUCUUCUUCACUUCUUUGUCCGGUAUUUUAUAAGUUGUGUUCAGUUCCUCUUUUCGCUGUUCAUCCUUGCCCUGGUUUAUCUUCUGCUUAACCAUCUUCCUCUCCCUCCUCUAUCAGCUUCCGUGUAUCUGUCAAGAUCCUUUUCUAGUCUUGUUUCUUCUUCCUUCCUAACACGGUUAUGCAGGUUUCCUUCCACGUCUCUUUCAAAGAGUUCUAGUAUUCUUCCACGCAGGUUUCUUCAGGGAUGUUGCUCGAUAUCGCCCAUUUUUUCCUGAUGACUGACGUGAAGAUGUUCUCUUGAGUUUCGUCCUUCAGUUUCUGUUCUGGG